AUGAGGACACACACACUCUUGACACCCGCAAUCAUGAUCUCAGACGACCAACUCUACCAACUCGCCAUCUUUCUCGGCAGCGUCAGCAUGCUCCUCAUCGUCCUCUACCAUUUCCUCGAAGUCAAUGCCGAGAAUGACGACAAGGCCACUCCCCUGUCUGCAGAGCGCAAGGCUGAUACCGUGCCUGGUGCUAAGCCUGUGAGAUCAUAG